AUAGACAGGGGAUGAUGGUUAUUACGUCGACGAGAAGAUAAAAAAAUAAAGCUUACUCUGUUAGACGGCGCAAGGUAUGUUGAUGGAGGGUGGAGAUGGAGGGGUGUAAUAGAAUGAGUGUCAGAGAGCUGUGUGAGAUCGAUGACCUGGCCACGAGCCUCGUGUUGGACCCACUGCUGGGCUUCAGCACCCACAAGAUGAAUAUCAGUCCUCCCCCAGAAAUCCGCCGCUGGGGUUACCUCAGGGAGACGUUGCAGCGCUUCCGACGGACGCAUGACUUCCAGGUGACCUUUGAGGCACUAACGGUGGGGGACUGGGCCUGGGGCUACUUUGCGGAGCUGGGCUCUCACCGGCAGGAGUUGCUGAGACAGCAUGUGUACCGCUAUCUCAGCGCCUUCCUGAUGGAUAGUGGUGUUCAAAUUGAAUCGUGUGACCGUUACUCAUCAGAAACCAAUGGAGCCAAGAUCACUUCAACACGACAUUGGUUGGUGGGUGAACGCGUGGAGGUCUUGCAGGGCUGUAUUGCAGAGCUGAGUGCAGCUGAUAGUGCGGUUCUCCGAGCUGGAGUGAAUGAUUUCAGUGUGAUGUACUCCACCCGCAAGCGCUGUGCUCAACUGUGGCUGGGCCCUGCUGCCUUCAUCAAUCACGACUGCAGACCAAACUGUAAGUUUGUCCCAGGUGACAAGUAUGGUGCAUGUGUGAAAGUUGUCCGGCCCAUUUCUCCUGGGGAAGAGAUCACUUGUUACUAUGGUGACAGCUUUUUUGGUGAAGAUAACGAGAUGUGUGAGUGCUGCACGUGUGAGAGGAGAGGUGAGGGUUCCUUUAAGCAGAGAAAAAGGCAGACAGUCCAUACAGAUCCCAGUGAUGCCCCUGGCCAGAAGUACAGCCUAAGGGAGACCGAUCUUCGUCUGAGUCGGGUGAAGGGAAACUUCACCCAGUGCACAACCCUAGCGCUGAGCAGCAUGGCUUGUGCUUCCAAGGGGCCCCUUUCUCAGGGGAUGAAGAAGAAUAUGUUGUCCCCAAGCAGCAGGAAAUUGAAACUGUCUAAAGCUAACAGAUGGAAAACAGAUGAGAGAGGGAGACGAACAGAGAAGUACAACUUUACCAUCCCCUCUGUCUCGCAUACCAUGCUCAAGGACCUGCGAGUGUGUUUGCGUCGCUGCUCAGUGGACCAAUCAACAAGCACCUCAGAUGGCCUAGUCGAACGGCCAAAAGUGGAAGAGCUGGAAAGUGGGAUUAAGCAUGAUGUUUCCCUGAUCAUAGAGGACAAUGAAAAGAAAAAGAGCUGUCCAGAUUCUGAAUCACCUCCAGCAGUUGUCCUCCACGCUGGCUCUUCUGUGGUACCUAUGAAGAACUCUGGCAAGGGAAAUUUUGACAUGGUGGAAGAUUCUCUGCUCUGUGUGCAAGAAAGUGUCUCUUCUCGAACUAGGAACAUGACAAGAAAUAGGCCUUUGAGUGCUGGUUCAGAAUUAAGGGUUUGUAAAACUGACUCUGUACCCAGAAUUGUAUGUAGUUAUAGUAGUAGCAGCAGUAGCAGCAGCCAAAGUGGAAAUGGGAGUGGUAGUACUAAAUUCACCCCAGCAGCCAGGGAUGGCACAGCUACAGCCAUAGGUACCAUGAGGAGCACGAACUGCACCACUGUUAGUAGGUGCUGUGGUAGUGUGGCAUGUGCCAGUAAUCCAGCAUACACUGGAGGAGGACAGUCUAAGAGCAGUGGACCACGAGCAGCAGGCACAUGCCAGCCUUCAGAUGUAAGAAAGAACAGGUGUGGAAGUGCACCCACUCUGGGGACUGACAGGACCCUCCAAUCUACCAGAUGCUCACACGGCAGCAGUCAUAACAACUGCAGCGAAAGAACUGGGCUUUGUGAAGUUGUCACAAAUAACUCCUUGGGGAGACAGGAUAGCAAUGGACUUUGUACCCUAGAACCACAUCUCUGUGGUCCCUGCUCCUUGCCCUCCUCCUUCAGUUCUUACAACUGUGAAUCCUUUCCUGCUCGCCACCAGCCCCUUCUCUCAUUAUUUAAUCGGUACGUUACAGUUGAUCUGGUCAGGUUGUCCAGUCUAGAAAUGUGCAAGCUUGGUGAAAAGGCAGCGGAGGGAGAUGGGAAAGGGAUUAUGGAGAAAAUAGAUGGGAGCAGCGCUGGAGUAGAAGACAGGGAAACCAAAACUAGAGUUUCCAGAUCACAGGAGAACUCUAAGAGACGGAAUGGCAAGGAUUUUGGAAGACUUGAAGGUAAGAAAGGGUUGAGGGGUAUGUCAUUUAGAGCAGCUGAUAUAACUAACAUAGAAAGUGAAAUGGGUUCUAAAGUAAUUGCUGUUUUAUCACAGGGUGAACAAUACAAUGGUAAAGGGGAAUUCUGCAAGGCCACAUUUAAGACUGCAGAUAAAAAAGCAACCAAGGGCAAUAGGGCAGACGAAACCAGUCUUGAAAAUAGCGAAAGUAGGAAUUUAAGAUCUGUAUUAGAUUUCAGAGAUGAAAAACAUGGAGAAAUAGCAGCUAUGAAUGGGCACAACCUUUGCGUUAAGGAAGUGAGGGUUCUUCUUUUUGAUGUAUUUGAGAAGGCAAAGGUGGUGAAAGAUUUCAGCAAUAUCAGGGAGAAACUAGGAAACACUGGAUGUCCACAACUCAGUCAAGCGGGAGAUCUUGAAGAAUUGAUAACAGAAAAGGGUAACAUGAAAAUGAAGACGGCUAGGAAACACAUGAGUCAGACACCUCCAGCAGAUGAAACAAAAGAGGGUCAAUCAUCAAUGGUUCAUAUGGCAGAAUCUGAGCUCCAAGGUAGCCUGCAGCCAGUUUUUCACAUUUUGGAGCAUCUCCCAUCACAUGAUGCAGAAGAACCAAAGCCACCUCAGUCUUCUCUUUCGCCACUUAUUCCUCAUGCCAUUAUGAAGCCUGACUGUCUACCAUGUUUGGAUCCCAAUCCACAGGCCAAUGUCCCCCUUAAGAAACGGAUUCCUCGAAAAGAAAUGGACACUGAGAUUGAACAGGGGUUAAAUAUUGCUGGUUUAGAGGUUCUGUCAAUGAAGCUCACUGGACUUGGAGUAGAGAAUUUUACAGAUCAAAGACAUGACUUAGGAUUGAAUGAAGAAACUGAAGUAGCAGUUAGCUCAAGGUUAAAGGAUGGUGAAAUGACAGAAAAUCAUUGUUUGAAUGGUGACUCUGGCACUGCAAUUAAAGUGGUGACAUGUGACAUUAGAUCUAAAAAGAGAACUUUAGUAAGACCCUUGAAAGAGAGUGUAGCUUUCAGAAAGUUGCAUUCUAGAGUAAAGCAUUUAAAAUGUCGAGUAAGUCGACACAGAAAGGAGAGGCUGCUUAAAAAACAGAGAGAGAGAAGGGCAAAAUCGGGUAAAUCAAAGGUACUAGAAGAAUGUAAUAAAGCUGGUAGCAAAGUAGAUAUCCACUCAGACAGGCAAAUAACGAAACCCCUGGUGGCAUUUGAAAACACGGAAACAGAGGUAGAGUGGGAUCGAGGAGGGGAACAUGAGAGAGAGUGCGAGAAAAAAAUAAAGGAAGCUAUGGUGCAUGCAAGAAUGGAGACUGAAGAAAUGGACAUACCAAAAAGAAUGGUGCUGGCUCAAGAAAGUGAGAUAGCUGAGAAGGAAAACUUCAAAUCGGCAACUGAUUCUGGGACUAAAAGGACUUCAGCCUGUUUUGGGGUCUCCCUGACUGAUGUAAUAGAGGAAAACCCUGAAGGAGAACCUCAGGCUGCAGAGACUGACAUGAGGACAGGAAACUGGAGAGAAGAAGUAAGGUGGCGUGAAGAGCAUUUGGGAAUGCAACAACGGGCUGCAGACCAGGUCCUAAUAAACAAAUGUGGCGUGAAAGAACAUUUUAAAUUUCGCUUUAAGAGAAAACAAGGGGAGGAAUGGGAGAUGGCAAGGAACGUGGAAAGGGAUGUGGAUGGAAAUAAAAGCUCAGCAAAUGAAGUUGAGCUGCUAGAACCCUUUAAAUCUCUUCUGGACUGUGUCUCUGAUUUGAACAAUGAAAAGGAGAGGAAUGUUUGCUGCAAGGGAGAACAGGAAGAAGCACUACUGGAACAGAGUAUGCAAAGAGGCAACAUGGGAAGAAUAAAGAAUGCAGUUUUCAAGCCAGGGUGUAAUAUUGACAAGGUGAACGAGAAGAAAAACAUAGAAACUGACACUAGUAGAGUAGCUUUGGAACAAAUGCAAGAGGACAGAAUGGAAAAUGUUUUUCGGGGAAUUGAAGAUAAAGCAGAGGACAAGGAAACAAAAUCUCUCCUGCUUAAAAAAACUCAUAAAUGUAAAACAGUUAAAGUUCUAGAGAGUGACAUAAUUGGAAGGUCUUACAAAAAUAAAGUAUCUGAUAAACAUGUCAAAGACUGUGACAUUAAGGAUAAAGAACAAAUAAAAAAGUGUAAGACAGAACCAGUGGACAUGGGUGGUGACCAAGGUCUUUUGAAUAUUGGUAAAGAGGAUCUCUCCUUACUGAGAAUACGACUACGAAGAAAACCUGAAGGUGAAUGGACUGUGGACUUUAUUGGCCAUAAACAAAAGAGUGAUGUUUCAAGGACUAGCAUAAGCUUUGGUCAGGAUGUGCUAGAGAGACCAUACACGGUACGUGUGAAUUACCAUGAACUUAAAAAUGUAGACUCAUCAUCCUUUAUAAACAAACCAAGGAGAGUCCUAAUGAAGUCUGCAAAAGCAGAUCCUUCCUCUCUCCCACUCUCACCUGUUUCUCUCCAUUCUCCUCAUGGCAUGAAUGAAGAACCUGGCCGAAAAUGGCAAGGAUUACCGAGGAGAGCAAUUGAAAAAACCAAGAACAGAGUAAUAAAACCUCCAUCAAGAAAAUGGUGGAGGAGAACCGAGGAGCAAAAGAGAACCAGCUGUCCUAGCCACGUGCUUAAUGUGAACAACGCGUCUGUUUUCUCCACAGUGAAGGUGGCAAACCCUUUGUGCACCUCUUACAAUGAUUUCCCCACUGAUACAAAUUCUACCUCAUUCCAGCUACAGCCAAAACCUCAAGAUUUACCUUUCUUUUCAGAGAGUUCUCUCCCUCUUGCCGAUUCUAGUAGUACUCACUGUUGUGAGGAUGUUCUUGAUUUCCAGUCCUUAAACUUAGAAGGAUAUUACGAGAUGCCUCCACAAAGCCACCUCCAAAGCUCUUUAACAGAUUUUUGCCCCAUGGAAGAAAACAACCAGUCUUUCAGUGGUCCAUUCUCACAGGCCACAUCUGAGACAUGGCAAGCAGAAACUUCUUAUCUCGAUACACCUAGUCCUGGAAGUCAUUUCAGCCCAGGAGGAGAAUUUCAAAGUUUCUCUGAUAUCUGUUCAUCAAAGAAUGAGUCUCUCACUCUGAAUGAGGGUCUGAGCUCCACAAAAGAUACAGCAUCUCUAAGCACCUCAAAUGUUGGUUUUUCAUCUCCUCUUGAACCUGUCGCUCAGAAAAAUGCAGUCCUGUUAAAUUGCUCUCUGGACAGAAAUAAACUGGCAUACAUGAAGCAAGAUUCAGGCACGCAGUCACUUCCUUUCACUGGAAGGAAUCAGUAUGCCAACAGAGAAUUAUUUGACACAGCACCAAGUUCUAGGCAUACAUCUUCAAACUCCCUCUCUCAGGCUCCUCAACACAAUCCUCUUGAUUACUUUUACUCCAGAGGAGAUUCCAUCCGCUCAGAUUGUGGUAAACUCCAGUCAUUUGUGCAAGACAAGCCCUUGAUGCCUUUGAGCACGCCUAGUUCUACAGGCAAACCAGAAUAUUUUACUAAUAGUCAAAUUGCAGCUGGCUUGUACAGCUCUGGGACACAGAAUCAAACCAUGAAGUCGUACCCUUUGACUACAGCAAAUAAUUCUGUAUUUUAUUCACAAAUGAACACUGUGAACCGGGGGGAUGUGUGUGUGCAUGAUAAAAAUGUAGGUGUUUUGCAUAACCCAAACUGCGCUGUUAAAAGUCACUGUGGUCGGCAGGAUCAAAAUUUCUGUGCAACUUCUUGGCUGAAUGGAACAGCCAUUAAAAAUGCAGACCUGUACACUAAGACGCAAAGCACAAAAACUGGAUAUUUUGAUCUGGGAAAAAAUCGUCCCUGUUACAAUGUUUCAUCUUCCAAUGUUGCCUGUCAUCAAGGUAGCUUGUCACAAUAUGAUUUUAAUAUGGGAAAAGUAUCAAUUAAUUUUGAGACGCCUAAAUUCCCAAGCAAGUCUCUCUCUCAUAAUGAGAAAGGUCAGCCAGUAUAUCGGACAUCCAGUAAAGAUGCAGUAAUUUUUGAGAAACCCCUAUCUGUUAAAUCAAGUCAUUCCUGUAAUUUAUCAGGUAAAACACUCUCCCCUUUCCAUAAGUCCUUCAUUUCUUCCAGUCCGCUUGCUAAUGACUGUUUAUCUCAUAAUCAAAGUCCAAUCCAGGACAAAUCCCAAACUCUGUUGCAUGCUGAAAAUGUCCGUUUUGCUUGUGAAAUGUCUUCGUGUUCAGACAAACGCCAACUGCCUUUUUCCAAGGCCCCGUCCUUUGUACGCUCUGAACAUUCAAAUUUCACCUACAGUCCAUCUGUGUCUAUGGACCAAUCGCAGACAUCAUCCCAGAAUAACAGCCCUCAAACAGUUUGCAGUCAUGACUCUGUGCCGCAGGUACCGGUUAAUAAGAUUCAGUCCAGCUCUUUUUGUCAGGCUUCUCCAUAUGUUUUCAACAUCACUGGCGACCACACUGUUACCCUGGAUUACAAGGAUGGAAGGGAAUAUUUGAACUAUCCAAGGGCGGCCGCUACAAAUUGCACCUACCGCUGCCUGAUGGAGCCUUCUGGAACGCAAGGCAGGCUAGUCCUUGAGCCAUGUGGACCAAAGUCCUCAAACUAUUCACCUUGUUUCUCUGUAGGCAACAUUGCUGGUGUGGGAAGCAAGGAAGCGAUGCGGAGGGACGCUCAUGGUAGGAAGGAUGUGCAUCAGCCUGGCCCUACUCUUGCCCAUCCUGCCCACUCGGGGUCCUGCUCCCUCCCCACGUUUUCACACUCCCUGAUUCCCCCCCACCCAGACAGGAGACCCAAGAGGUUAAGACUUGUUGUAACAGAGGGAUCUGUGGAUCUAGACCUACAGUAUACAGACUGAUGUAGUGGUACAUUUUGCUGAGCUGUUGCAAUUCUUGGUACACAUUUGUUUUACAGGUGGUUUAGGAGUAAACCUUUAACAAGGUUCAUCAUUUGACAAAGUUUGCCUGAGCCAUGUAAGGGAAUAGUAUUAGAAUUUUUUUUUUUAAUUGACACUUUUAAAUCGAUGCAUUACCUGUUUCUGUCUCAGUGUUUGCAAUUUGACCAGAACCUGGGGUGAUGGCAAAGCUGGUUGACAGGAGCUGCUGUUUGUUCAGUGGGACUUUUUACAUUUUUAUUCUCCCAAAACGUAUAUGAUCUCCUCUGUGUUCUUGGGAAAUUUGUUUGUAAGAGUAAAGAAGGUGUUUUUACUAUAAAAUAAAAUGUUCUUAUUUAACUUUUAUAAUAGCAUAUGUAAGGCACAUGGGGGUGCUGAUGUGCUGUUCAGUGAAUAUUUGUACUGUAUUGAAAUCUUAAACCUAGUUGUACAAUUUUCAUUUAUACAAUAUGUCCAUCUCUUUGUUUGAGGGCACACAGUUUGCGCAUCGCCUUUCCAAACUGAACUGAAAGAGUACUUGAUGCAAAUAUAAAUGUACACCUUGUGUAAUUUUGUAGACUUUGUAAGAUUCCGUGGAAGGUUUCCUGAGAAAUUGCAUAUUUGUGAAUGGCAGUUGGAGGGGAAGUCAGAAGUGUUAUAGUGAGGCAAAGCAUCAGAGGCCUGAUACUGGAUUCAUUGUCUGCAACUUAUACUGCUUGCUUUAUGACCUUAUGUAACAACUCACAGAUUGAAGCACAGUGUUUCCACAUGUGAGGGAAGGGCAGCAGGGUUUUAAAUGUCUUGGUAUGUUCUAUCUCUGUGGCUAGGGCCGUGUAUUGCUUAUGCUGUGUUUGUUCUCGAUUCGUAUCAGGUGCAAUGACAUGGGACAGAAGCCUGCUGGUACAGCAGCUGUAUAUCAUUUCAACAUAGCAUACAAACUCUGCUCUUUCUAUACAGUUGUUCACCUGAGGCUCUGUUAUUUGUGGAUCUGUGUGUAUUUUUCUCUUUUUUUUCCCCCCCAAAUACCUUGAUAUGUACCUGAUUGAUACUUGAUGGGAUGAAAGCCGCAACGAUGCUAAUAAGAGAGCCGAAAGGGGGAGCAGCUGGGUGCCAGGUGCAGGCCAGUGUGGUCCAGAUCUCACAUGUGAGCAGUAAGCUAGACAGAACAGGAAUGGCCCAUUCAUUUGACUGUCUUUUUAAUAAACGGUGCUUUAAUACAUAACAUUAAUAUAUCAUUGAUUGUCUGUUUGUUGUGAAUAAAGUCACUACAGAGGUUUCACAUA